GGAGGAAGAAUAUCCCCUUAUAACCCAGCAAGGAGUUGUCACGUGAGCACGUGCGCCCAUUCUUGGCUCACGUUUUGUGACCACGUCUUCAUUCUUUCUUCCCAACUCUUGCACUGUCCCGUACCAGCGCUAUCUAUCCAUCUGGACUCAACAGUUUGGUGGAUGGCUUCUUCUUCUUCUUCUCUGUUUCGUUCCAUUCCCAUUUCCUUUCCACACACCCAAUGCGCUCUCAAAUCCCCGCGCCUCUCGCUUCGUGCUUCGGCCACUCCGAGCCAGAAGGCUCGGUUCGUCGCUCGCCGCAAGGAGUCCGUUUCGGUUCGGCAACUCCAACGCCCCCUAAUUGAGUACAUGCGGUUACCAGCGAGUCAGUAUUCAGUGUUGGAUGCAGAGAGGAUUGAGCGGGUAAACGAAAACACGUUUAGGUGUUACGUUUAUAGGUUCAAGUUCUUCAACUUUGAGGUUUGUCCUGUGUUGUUGGUGAAAGUGGAAGAGCAACCUGAUGGAUGUUGCAUCAAGCUCUUGUCUUGCAAGCUUGAGGGCUCGCCAAUGGUUGCUGCACAGAAUGACAAGUUUGAUGCAGAAGCUGAGGCAAUUUUCUUGUACUCUUCUCUAGGAAAGGAAAGUGAAAACAUCAAUGCUAACAGGUCAUUGAUGCAGCAACUCACAUCAGACACUAUAAUUGAGGUAAGCAUUGAAAUUCCUUUUCCUUUCCAAGCAAUACCAAAGCAAGCAAUUGAAUCAGCUGGGACUCAAGUCCUUGAACAAAUACUCAGGAUUAUGCUUCCCCGUUUUAUGUCACAGCUUGAGAAAGAUUAUCAAGCUUGGGCCUCUGGAGAUACCUCAAGGCAGCCUCUUGGGACAGGUGAAAUCUGAAAUAAUGCGUCAUGGCAAUUGCCACUGGCGCUGACCUUAAAUUGCUGUAUAGUUUGAUAGGUUCUACAAAUAUUGCUUGUAGUAUGUGCAUUAAUGAAUUCUUGGUUUGUUAACUGAAUAUAUAUUAUUAUUAUUAUUAUUAUUAUUAUUAUUAUUAUUAUUAUUAUUAUGUGAGAGA